AUGAUUGUAUUUCAGGAUUGCCAUGGUCUUACCUUCGAAGACAGAGCUGUUGCUGACGAGAUACAGAAUUAUGAGCUGAUAACUGGUUACCAGAACGCUACCCACACUACCAUCGAGUUCAGGCGGCUGUUACUUACGUGUGAUAGACAGGAUUUUGUUAUUGGGGAAGACACAACCCAAGUACUCUGGGCAAUGGGUCCGGAUGGGUCUGAUGGAGACCUUCCCCGACAUUUUAAAGUCGUUUCCAGACCUUUAAGACUAUUGCAGCCCCCUUCCAAGCCCGCAAACCAGUUAAUGCAUUGGGAUGUGAAAAUCAGCAACCUGACAAUUCCUCACGCAUUGGCCACAUUGUUCUGGUGUAAGUUAUUUAAAGCACCGGAACUUCCAACAAAACACCAUAUAGUUGGUUACGAACCUUUGAUAGAUAGUCGACCAAUUCGUAAUGGGAGACCUGUUUUGGAAAAGGACAAUCAAUCUCCAGUACAUCAUAUGGUGCUGUAUGAAUGCGCUGAAGAUAAUGACAAAAAACAAUGGAAUGAGUGGACGGAAGGUGAUGGCUUCUUUGGUCCAACGAGGCCCGGUGAAUUUGGACUUUGCGUUACCCCAAUCGCGGCAUGGGCCAUCGGAUCCAAAGGUGAAUUCCUGCCUGAGAACGUUGGGAUUCCGCUAGGCGAGAAAGGAGGUGUUUCCUUCUACAUGCUAGAGGUUCAUUACGACAAUCUGGCGCUUCAUGACGUUCUGGAUAGUUCUGGUAUUCGAAUCCACUACACUUCAGUAUUAAGACCCCAUGAUGCUGCUCUACUGGGUACAGGUAUUGGAGUAUCAGCCCUACACGUCGUACCUCCUAAACAAAAAGCCUAUAGAACUGUUGGAAUUUGUAGCUCGGACUGUACUAAUAACACUAUGCCAGAAGAAGGAAUAAAUAUUGUAUCUGUGUUGCUUCACGCUCACGGAGCUGCACGCAAAAUCUCACUCAAACAUGUUCGAGGCAAUGAGGAACUUCCUAGAAUAUCGCAGGAAAAUACAUACGACCAUCGCUAUCAACAGUCUCGUAUUGUGCCUGGAGGCAGAAAAUUUUACCAAGGCGACAUUUUAAUAACAGAAUGUACUUAUGACAGCACUUCGAGAGAUAAGCCAAUUAUAGGAGGUUACUCUGAUAGACAGGAAAUGUGUCUAUCAUUCGUUCUAUACUACCCUCGUACUGAGCUAGCCGGCUGUUAUUCCAAUACACCCGUCGUUGAAUUCUUUGAAACAUUCGGCGUCAAACAAUUCUAUGGUUUGUCUAUGCUUCAUUUGGAGAAGAUAUUCUUUAUGACCGGGUUCGAUUCGUUAUCACCUGAAGCCAUAUCCCUACACUUAAGACACAAGGAUGAAGGACUCGUACGUGAGGGAGACGAUCAAGGAGUUGGGUUGAUGAAGGGUCUUGUUAUCAAAGAGCCUUUGGAAUUCCAUAACAAGACGUUCAUGGACCAUUUGAAUGAGAUGCCGUGGUCAGAGCCUUUGCUAACAGAACAGAUUGAAAAGAAAUUGUAUAGCGGCUUCCACAUGACCUUCUGUAAGAAAAGAGACGAUUCCUGGGGAACUCCGAUACAAAUAGAGGAAUUCCCAUUGUUUACCGAAAUCAAAAACAACGACGUAGCGGAGAAGUCAUGCAACUAUAAAAGUGUCAGACUACCCUCCAUAACAAACACUACUGGCUCUUCAACUACACACUACCUUUCUUCCGCUAUUCUGGCUCUUUGUCUAUUUAUUACCAUAGCACGGUAA